AUGUCGGGGCUGUACCCAAUCACCAAGCCGGUUGUUCCUCCCAGUCAGGCCCCAAGCAAGCCGUCUCUUUACAACAAACCAGCUGAGGGCGUGCCCUUUUUUACUCCAGAGCAAUCGCUGCCCUCAGGGACAGCUCUUGAUCCUCAACCAAACGGCAAGGCCAUACCGAAACUCUUCACCCCGAUCACAAUUCGGGGUGUGACUUUCCACAACCGCAUCUUCCUCUCUCCUCUUUGCCAGUAUUCUGCCAUUGACGGUGUGCAACAACCAUGGCACACCGCUCAUCUAGGUGGCAUCAUCUCCCGGGGCCCAGGUCUGUCUAUUUUUGAGGCAAGCGGGGUCCAGGCGAGAGGCCGCAUCACUCCUGAAGACCUCGGCAUCUGGUCCGACGCUCAUAUCCCUGGGCUGGCGCAACUUGUCCAGUUCGCCCACUCCCAAGGCCAGAAGGUCGGCAUCCAACUUGCCCAUGCCGGUCGCAAGGCCAGCACCGUGGCACCUUGGCUGAGCUUCGGAGCUGUAGCUGACAAAGACGUAAACGGGUGGCCGGACGACGUCGUUGCGCCGAGUGCUUUGGCGUAUGCGGAUGAUCACUGCCAGCCGAGAGAGUUGUCCCUCAAGGAGAUCGAGGAGCUCAAGGCGGACUUUGUCCGCGCCGCAACGCGAGCUGUGGCUGCUGGCUUCGACGUUGUGGAAUUACACAACGCGCACGGGUACCUCCUCCACGAAUUCCUGUCCCCAGUAUCCAACAAAAGGACGGACAAGUACGGCGGCAGCUUCGAAAACCGGGUACGUCUGACCUUGGAGAUUGUGGAGGGAAUCAGAGCCGCUAUUCCCAAGGACAUGCCCUUUUUCGUCCGAAUUUCUGCCACCGAUUGGCUCGAGGAGGUACCCGAAUUCCCCGAGAGCUGGACUGUCAGGGAUAGCAGCAAGCUGGCCAGUCUGCUUGCUGAGCGCGGCGUCGAUCUUCUUGACGUUUCUUCCGGCGGGUUGCACCCAGCUGCCAAGGUCAAGGGCGGACCAGGAUACCAGGUUCCAUUCAGCAAGGAAAUCAAGAAGGCGAUUGGUGACAAACUGCUCGUUUCUGCUGUUGGUAGCAUCAGGGAGGGCAAACAGGCCGAAGAGAUUCUGACCAGCGACACUCCUCUUGACGUUGUGUUUGCUGGAAGGAUGUUCCAAAAGGACCCAGGCUUGGUCUGGACCUGGGCUGACGAUUUGGAUAUUGCCAUCAGCGUGGCCAACCAGAUUGCAUGGGGCUUCGGCGGCAGGGCGUCCAGGCCCUCGAGAAAGUCAGACUCCUAA